ACGGGAAGUCUUCGCGCUAGUUCCCGCCCCCUCGUCUAGUUGGAAACGGAGGAGGCGGUCUCCUCCAGCCUGUUAGCCGGCCUCGCCCAGCCUCCCCUCAAAUAUCCUCCACACCCGCGCAUGCGCGCCAGGGCAGGACGGCAUCGCAGCUACCGGGGUGCCGCCAUAUUGGUAAAGGUAGUGGGACGGAGGUAAAACGGAACUUCCUGUUCUCGCGGGAGCUAGAGGCGGGACUGCCACGUCCGAGCAAACCGGGAAAGGAGAGGAUUCCGGAGCCGGUGAGAAUUCCCUGCUUUUCCCUACCGUCCUUUCCAGUCCUUUUUCCCCACCGCGUGGGUCAUAGAGACGAGGGCCCAGAGAGUCUAUAAAGUGGCGGAUCAAAGCCUAGAGCGGUGUCCCGGGGGCCCAACAUCCGGGAGGGCGUUCGGGAUAAAGAGAACGAGUCUUGGGAACAAUGUGGGUGGAGACAGAAUGGAAUGGGGGAGCGGCCUGUAGAAGUGGACGGAGGGCGCGAGCAGAGUAAAGCGGACCCUGCAUAGGUAUAGAGUUGAGGGUCAAGUGGAUCACUGUCUCUGUCCCUCUGGUCAGCGUGAUGGCCAGAGGCCUGGGGGCCCCCCACUGGGUGGCCGUGGGACUGCUGACCUGGGCGGCCUUAGGGCUGCUAGUGGCCGGACACGGGGGUCAUGGCGAUCUGCACGAGGACCUGCACGAGGACUUCCAUGGCCACAGCCACAGGCACUCACAUGAGGAUUUCCACCAUGGACACAGCCAUGCCCAUGGCCACACUCACGAGAGCAUCUGGCAUGGGCAUGCCCACGGUCACGACCAUGGACAUUCACAUGGGGAUUUGCACCAUGGCCAUAGCCAUGGCCACUCCCAUGAGAGCCUCUACCACGGAGGACAUGGACAUGACUAUGAACACAGCCAUGGAGGCUAUGGGGAGUCUGGGGCUCCAGGCAUCAAGCAGGACCUGGACACUGUCACUCUCUGGGCCUAUGCAUUAGGGGCCACAGUGCUGAUCUCUGCGGCUCCAUUUUUCGUUCUCUUCCUUAUCCCUGUGGAGUCAAACUCCCCCAGGCACCGCUCUCUGCUCCAAAUCUUGCUCAGUUUUGCUUCAGGUGGACUCCUGGGAGAUGCCUUCCUGCACCUCAUCCCUCAUGCCCUGGAACCUCAUUCUCACCACCCUCAGGAGCAGCACGGACACGGACACUCCCACAGUGAGCAUCCUUCAAAAGAGAAGCAGAGCUCAGAGGAAGAAGAAAAGGAAGCAAGGGGGUUGAGGAAGAGGAGAGGAGGGAGCACAGGGCCCAAAGAUGGGCCAGUGAGACCUCAGAAUGCUGAAGAGGAAAAAACAGGUUCAGACCUGCGUGUAUCAGGGUACCUGAAUCUGGCUGCUGACCUGGCACACAACUUCACAGAUGGUCUGGCCAUUGGAGCUUCAUUUAGAGGAGGUCGGGGGCUGGGGAUCCUGACCACAAUGACUGUCCUGCUACAUGAAGUGCCCCAUGAGGUCGGGGACUUUGCCAUCUUGGUCCAGUCUGGCUGCAGCAAAAAGCAGGCGAUGCGUCUACAACUAUUGACGGCAAUAGGGGCACUGGCAGGCACAGCCUGUGCCCUCCUAACUGAAGGAGGGGCAGUGGGCAGUGAAGUUGCAGGUGGUACAGGUCCUGGCUGGAUUCUGCCAUUCACUGCAGGUGGCUUCAUCUACGUAGCAACGGUGUCCGUGUUGCCUGAGCUGUUGAGGGAGGCAUCACCACUACAGUCACUUCUGGAGGUGCUGGGGCUGCUGGGGGGAGUUGUCAUGAUGGUGCUGAUUGCCCACCUCGAGUGAGAGGUGGGAUAAACUGCCCCCAGCCCACCCCCAAACCUCUGUCCUCUAAGUCCUCCAGGUCAGGGGUCUGUGGAGGUUGGGGGCCCUAGCCAGGGACAUCUGCUAAAGGAAGGAAUUGUAUCCUAGGGACAUAGUGACUUUGGCAUGAGGGCUAUCAAGGUUUGGCAGUCUUACAGGGACUCUAGAGGUAAGAAUGAGGCCAGAGGGACCAUAGCGUUGGGCAUGUGCUGACCAUGUUGUUGGGUUUGGGAGACUAAAUGGGGCCAUGAAGAAGGCUGGAAGAGACAGAUGGCAGCCUGCUCCGUGUUCCUUACCCCACCUGUUCUCAGUGGACCAAACUGCCACAUAGAGGCUUCUCCAGGGUCCUCCUCCCUCUCUCCCACCUGUUGGUGGCGGCUUCAGAAAGACCAGAGCCCUGGACAGAGGGGGUAGUAGGAGGAGUAAGGGAUAAACAUCAGUCGUGUGUCCGGAUUUGGGGGUGAUUGGGGAGGGGGGCUAAUUGCUAAUCUCAUGGCCUGAUUUUUUGUUUUGUUUCUAUUCUUUUUAUAUCACUGUUUGGAUCGAGGGGGUGGGGUGGUGACCGGAAAUAAAGUCCUCGGAUCUUCCGCCCCACA